AGCUUACGAGACCUGGCUGGAGAAGAAGCAAACAGCAGAGCCCCAGAGGGCCCCGAACUCAGCCCGUGUCCCCCCAGGUGUUCAUCUCGUGCUCCUCGGACGCCUCCAUCCGCGUGUGGGACGUGCGGGCGCCGCCGGGCCGCGCCUGCCAGCUCGCCGUGGCCUCGGCGCACGACGGCGACGUCAACGUGCUCAGCUGGAGCCGCAGGGACGCGGCCGCGCUGCUCAGCGGCGGCGACGACGGCGCCCUGCGCCUCUGGGACCUGAGGAGCGUGCGGAGCAGCCCCUCGAGCGUGGCCACCUUCAAGCAGCACCGCGGGCCCAUCACCUCGGUGCAGUGGCACCCGGGCGAGAGCGGCGUGCUGGCGGCGGCGGGCGAGGACGACCUGGUGACCCAGUGGGACCUGGGCGUGGAGAGAGACCCCCAGGACGCGGGGCAGGGGGCCGGGGAGGGCGAGGGGCUCUCGGAGCUGCCCCCCCAGCUGCUGUUCCUGCACCAGGGCGAGAGGGAGGUGAAGGAGCUGCACUGGCACCCGCAGUGCCCGGGGCUGCUGCUGUGCACCGGGCGCGAGGGCAUCGCCGCCUUCCGCACCAUCAGCGUCUGAAUUGGGGUGAAAACAUCAAAAAUCGGGGUGAAAUCACCUGAA